AUGGCCGAGGAGAAGACUUUUCGUUAUGGGUUCAUCAUGUUGGGUUUCUUCCUGGUGAUGACGGGAAUGUUCAUCAUGAGCGUGGAAAAACCCCACAUCUACAUCACCUUCUGUGCCCUGGGCAUCCUGCUCGUAGUUGUGGGCAUCAUCUGGAGCAUGUGUCAGUGCUACCCCAAGAUAACGUUCAUCCCUGUGGACAUGGAAGCCAAGCAGUUCCUGGACCACAAACCCAUCGUGCUGCCAGAGGGGAACACGUGCUUGGUUGCACCCUGGCCCAACCACGAGGCCACCAGCACUUCUGAGAAAAGCCUGCCCUCCUAUGAGCAGGUCCAGAAGCAAGAGGUGGGCUCAGUCCCACACCCACCCACAGCCCAGCCCAGACCUCGCAGCUGCUCCCACUCAGCCAUGCAGGCAAGAGCAGAGGUCCACAGGGAGCUGGGGGAUGCUGGAGAUCUCCCCCCAGAGACAGCACCUCGGCUGGACAAGGCAGCAGGCAACUGCCCCCCCCGCCUGGCCCCUGGGGACGCACCACUGGCAUCCCUCCUGGAGGACAUGGACACACCAUCACUGGAGGGGUCGGUGCCUGGCAGCCCCGUGACACAGGCACGAUGUCCCCCAGCAACUACCACCCUCUCUGGCUGCACCCCAACAGGCUCCCUGAACGGGGGAGAGCACCCUGGUUCUCCCUGCAAAGGCACCAGGGAGGAGGAUGAGCUCUAUUAUGGGCUCCAAGAGGGGCCGGAUGCUCUGCUCGGGGAAAGUGACUGCCUUUUUGAGCCUGAAAACUGA